AAACAAGCAAUUAGUUUCCAACACUGCCAGUAAAAGAGGUAUCUCAUCAUUUUACUCAGAUUAAACAAAAAGCCGAAGAUUAAAUCUGUUUUUAAACAAAGUAUCGUUUUUACUGACGUUUACCUGUGACUUUAAACUAUACACACAGUUAACGGUCCCUCAAGACUCCUUCAAGGACCCAAGGAAAGCCCACGAUCACAGUGCGCAAGUGCCGUGAGCCUUUACAAGAACAAACAGAACUUCGCACCGCCACCCAUUAAAGCCACAGACAGUGAUAUCCUCUCGUCUUCUCAACCCACACGGUGUUUCUGACCCUCUGUCGCCGCUUUUAACGGGAAAGUUUCAGUUUGUAAAAUCCUGAAGAUGAACAACGAGGACACCACAACGGUUUCGGACUUUUUCGCGUGAAACAAAAAAAAUAACAAACUACAAAAAUGAUGGUUAAAAUAUGAGCGUAAACUACAGACGGACGUUGUUUCACACCGCAGGACAAAAUGGACCAACUACAGGAGGAGCUGAAGCAGAUCACCGUAUGGUUUAAUGAGGAGGGACUUGCUCCGGACUCCCCUAAGGAGGCUCAGCUGUGUUUGCUAUGGCGAGACCUCCAGCGCUCAAGAAGCCGUCUGAGCAGUGUAACAUGGGACCUGGACACCCAGCGGUCCCAACACUUAGCGGAGAUGGAAGAGGUACGCAAGUCCUUGGAGCAGAUCCGAAUCUUUACAGAGCACAAAGAUGUUCUGGCUCAGGAGAUACAAGAUGAAAAUGAUCAGCUCAAAGACCAGCUGCGACGCAUAAUAUCCCUUCAAGAUGCCCAGAUCAGUGAGGUGGCUAAAAUGCUGUACCAGCAGGGUCUCACAGAGUUGAUUCACAGCAGCCCCAGUGAGCAGGUGGCCUACCUCCUGGUCGAAAGAGCUUCCUUACUUGAGACAAGUGAGGCUCCUGACCAGCUGACGGGUGAUGGAAACACAGCCCUGCUGGGGACCGAAGCCCAAGGGCUGAACACCAAUGCACACCAGUCUUGCCACAAGGGGGCACCACAUCAUGGCCAGAGUCCGUGGAAGAGACUCUUCGGACUCCACAAAGCUUCACAGAGCAAACAUACUUUAAUUCCUGCUGAGGCCAGGCAUUUAGCCGGCCAGGUAAGCAGUGUGGAGAGGAAAUGUUCUCGUCUGGAGCGGGACCUGGAGGAGGGCUCCCGCCGGCUGGCCAUGGCCCACAAUGAGAUCAGGCGUUUGACUGAUGAGCUGGAGUCUGCUCAUUUGACUCAAAGAGCUUAUGAGCCUGAGCUGCAAGCAGCCCAGCAGGAGGUAGAGCAACUCAGAAAGGAAGUAGAAAAACUGAAGAAAUAUGAAAUGGUGGAACUGCGAAAGGCCAAAGAGCUGAACGAUCGUCUGGAUCUUGAGAUCAGGGCCUUGAGGAGCAGGGUACGUGCCCUGGAUGCUGAGAAAAGCUCUCUCCAGCAGAUGGUGGUGUCUCUGCAGGCGAAGGAGGAGCAGCUGGAGUCAGUCCUGCAGGAGCAGCAGUCUGAGCACCAGCUCCUCACUGUGCGGGUUCAGGCCAACCAAGGUCUGAGCAUUACAUCUGACCCUAAUACAGUUGGCCCAUCCUACAAUCAGUCUUUUAACACUGAGCAGAAGUCUCGAGCAGAAGAGCGGGCGCAGAACAACCAGACCUGCAGAAAUAUACAGGAGGAACUCAGUGCUCAGACAAGAUGCCUUUUAGAAAAGGAGGAAAUUGUUGGAUCUCUGCAGAGAGAGGUGGAGCGGCUUGAGUCAGCCCUGCAGGAACAGCAGCAGCAGACUGAGCAGCAGCUCCUGAACUUGCAGUCUCAGGCAACUGAAUUGAUUCAGAGCAAUGAGAUCUGCAGGGAUUUACAAAAUAAGCUCAGCACUCAGACGAGAUGCCUUUUGGAGAAGGAGUCAGAAGUACAUUUCCUAAAGCAGCAGCUUGAUAAUUCCCAUAAAGAUCUGGAUAACCUUAUAGCUACCAUCUUCACCAAAGAGAACAAUGUUCAGGGUCAAAAGCCGUGGAAGCAAAAAGAGGACAAUUCACAGCAAUGUGAAAACACUCACUGUCAGCUGACGGACUCCUUUCCAACAGAAGAUAAAGAGCUGUGUAAGGAGUGUCCUGAUUAUCAAGAAGCAGUGAAGAUUCAGUUGGCUACCCAAGACAAGUGUGAGACACUCAAGAAGGAGAUCUGUGAAACACUUAAAUGCCUCGACAAAGAGCGGAGUAAAUACCACGAGAUGAAGGAAAAACACAAGGCGAAACUGUGUCGAGCCAAAGCGAAAUUCGAUGAUGAAACCACAUCACGUGAUGAGAAGAUAAAAAAUCUAGAGCGAGAACUGUCGUUGUGUUCCCAUUCAUUAGCAAAGGAAAAAGAGCUUACCGUAAAAAUAACUGUGGAAAAUGACAAACUACUUGUUGAGAGGAGGAGGCUUCUACAACAGCUAAAUGAGGAGGAACACAACCAGAAGGACAGUUAUCUAACAGCUUCUUUGUCCAAAUGCAGGGUGGAUUUUCUAGAGAUGGAAAACAAGAAACUAGGAAACAAAAUAGUCCACAUGUCCAAUCAGCUAGCUGUCCUGGAACGCAGCCUGCAAACCAUGCAGUCACUUCACUUUGCUGAGGAACUAAAGAAAAUAUCCGCUCCUACACAGGUUUUUAAACAUCUCCCUGUGCCAACUCCAAGUGUGAUGAUGCCUGAGCCGCCAGAAAUUCAAGGCGUAUUGAAGAAUACUCAGAGAAAGACAGACGUGACUUCUUCCACUCGCUGUUUGAUCUCUGUGCCCCUGUCUCGAUCCGCAGAGAUGGGCUACCUGAACCUGACCUCCACUCAUAGCGGCUCAGACCACUCGACUCCCUCUGCCGCCCUCAGCAGUUCAUGAAUAUACUGUACAGAAACUAUUUUAUUUGAGAGAUACUGCGCGGUGCAGACACGUGGAUUAUGUCCAUGGAAGGAGCAUGUGUGAUUGGGCCCCACAGCAACCUCCUGCAACUUGCAAUAUCCGGGAGAAGCCGCUUGCACACUUGAGUUCAUCCAGAGGUGUGUUUAAAUAUGGCACUGUCAUGAAAACGAUCAUAGCAUUGACUUGAUAUAUGAAGGGAUCUUAAUCAAUGUUUAUGACUUUUCUGUAAUUGACAUUUUUGUUAGAGUUAGGGAUGUCAGUAAGUUGGCCCGGCCCACUUAAUACAAAAACAUAUUACUUCGCAUUUUGAGUGAUCAGAUUUUAUACAUUACUUUGCAGGUAUAAGAAAAACUCAAAUUAUGCUAUCCAAUUUAGUGAGAAAGCGAUGAGCGAGGAGAGGCAUGAGAGAGGAGAGGGGAUGGGGAGAGAGUAAUGACGAUUGCACACACAGACACCCACUCAAUCUCUCACAGGCACACACUCAGGGGUUAAAGUAUUGCGGCACCGUGCCGGAUCUCCGGCAUGACGCAGUUGUGAAGAAAUUUUCAUCAGGAUAGAAAUUCGGGAAGGUUUAUCAUUUUUGAGUUCCCCAAAAUCAAUGGCAGCUCUCGCUUAAAAAAAACGUGUUUUUGCUAGCUAUAACAACGUGCAGCUAUCCAACAAGAUGAAAGUUUUGUCUGAAAGUGUGUUUCCCCCCCCCUGUUUUCAGAGCCUUUUGCUGCAUAAAUCCCCAGACGGGCAGCAAGGCAGAGAAAAAACGAGGGCUGAACGCACCAGUUUGCACACUUUUGAGAAAACUGCUGGAUUUUGAAUUGGUGGGUAGGGUCAUUGUAUUGCAAUGUUAUACAUUUUUUUUUAACACAAAACCAGGCUUGUUUCAGCCAUGUGUUACUAAAAUAGUCUUAGUACAUACAGGGACAGUGAAUUUUACAUGUUAAAGAUUGUUGUUGAAAAUAAAUAAUGAGGAAUGACUGUUUGUGCAUUGUGCACUGUGUUAUCUCUUCAAUUUCAAAAGAGAAAAUAAAAAUAUCAAAAAACAACAAAAA